UGAUCAAGCUUGGAACUGAACUCUGCAGGAAGGUAGAUCUCCAGGAACAGGGUUGGGCACCCCUGCCUUAGUAGUACCUUAAGGGUACAUGCAGUAUCACUCUAUGAAAGUUUUAGGAAUCUGUAUGUUUCACUUUCUGCUGGUCUGAUCUUGGAAGUCUUGGAAAACUUGGAAAUUUCAUGUGCCCUGAGGCUUUGGAGGCCCUGGCAGUAUGAGGCCCCAGAGAACUAAUCCCGCUUGUCUGGGCAGUGAUUCAGCUCCGGGUAGCUAUCAAAUCAGACAUAGCAGAUUAUACAGUUGUGCUCCAGGAUAUCUCGUUUAUUUGCUGUUAUCAAACUGUUUAAAGAUUUGAUGCCACAGACCUUGCAAACUUUCUCAAAUCAAGCAACUAGGUCUUUGUCUGGAGUGUUUAAAGUUUGCCUGUUACACUCAAAAGCUCUUGCCACUUUUGCAUGCAGUAUUUAUGAAGAUGAGACAGUUGCUGUUCCUUCCCAUCUCCCUCCCUCCAUGCCAGGAAUCAGGCCACGUGGUCACAGCCAACAGCAGGCAGGGAGCAGCUCGUGCAUUCGGAGAGUACCUUCACACCCAUCCUGAGAACCGCAACGGAUCAGAUCACUUACUGUCUGACACCCUCGUUGGCCACGACUCUGACUCCCCAGACAGCCUGUGCACUCAGAACAACAACUUCCACAGCUGCACCAUCCAGGGCUCCGCCGUCAGUGCCGAUCCCAGCUUGAUCAACCCUGCCCUGGGCCUUCUGGAACCGCCGCCUCUGACAACUUCCUCCAAGAGCCGGCUGUCCCUAGAGCGCAGCUUUUCGGCAGAGGAGGACCAGCAGAAGUGUGUGGAGUGCGCCCUGCAGCCUGCCCGGGUCUACACCAUCACCGGAGAGAGCGGCAUGCUGGGAACCAGCAGGGGAAGCAAGGAGAACCUGGAGCUUGAGGUCUUGAAAGGGGCGCAGGAGGCAUGUCAGGCCCAAGCGCUUGCCCAGCCCUCUACGUCCUCCAACUCGUCUUCUCCAACCCAGCAUCACCACCACCGUGGAAGCGGAAGUGGAUCCGGAAACCAUCAUCACAGCAACCACCAUCAUGGUAUCCACCAUCACAGCAACACCACCGGGGGUGGAAGCAGCGGAACUAGCGGAUCAAACCCCCACCAGCACCUCUCCGGUGCUGGAACGUCGCACCAUCACCACGGGGCGCACCAUCCCCACCACCUUUCCCAGCCACUGCAGAGCUCGGUCAGCGCACACAACAUCCGCGGCUGGGGGGAGGGAAAGGAAUGUGGCCUGGCGUGCGAGUCCUGUCCUGGGGCUCCCUCGCGCAGCCAGGGCUCCCUGGACCUGGAAAGCAGCACCCGAGAGGCAGGCAAGCAGCGCCGGCCACCACUAGAGCGGAUGUGCAGUGUGGACCGCGUGACUGGGCUGGAGCGAGAAGAUAACAGUUGGUUCCCUAAAGAAAACAUGUUCAGCUUUCAGACUGCUACAACAACCAUGCAGGCGAAUUUCCGGAAGCAUUUAAGAAUGGUGGGCAGCAGAAGAAUGAAAGCACAAACAUUUGCAGAGCGCAGGGCGAAGAGUUUCAACCGAUCCUGGAGCGAUCCGACCCCUGUCAAACAAGACUCCCUAAACGACUCAAAAGACAGUGGGGAUCUGCAGACGACCUGCGGUACUCCAGAGGAGGGCGGAUGUGAAGACCUGGACUGGGAGGAGGAGAGAGAGAUGGAGAGACUGGCAUGUGAGGGGGAUGACUUCAUCCCUCCUAAAAUUAUGCUGAUCUCAUCUAAAGUUCCUAAAGCAGAAUAUGUUCCCAACAUCAUUCGAAGGGGCGAUCCAUCUAUUAUACCCAUUCUCUAUGAUCAUGAGCAUGCCACGUUUGAUGAUAUUUUGGAGGAGAUUGAGAAGAGACUGUCAGCCUACAGGAGGGGCAGUAAGAUCUGGCGCAUGCUGAUCUUCUGUCAGGGCGGCCCGGGUCACCUGUACCUUCUGAAGAAUAAAGUGGCCACUUUUGCCAAGGUCGAGAAAGAGGAAGACAUGAGCCUGUUUUGGAAACGUCUGAGCCGGUUUAUGAGUAAACUGAAUCCGGAGCCCAACCUGAUCCACAUCAUGGGUUGUUACGUCCUGGGAAAUCCUAAUGGAGAGAAGCUGUUCCAGAAACUGAAGAACCUGAUGAGGCCUUAUUCUGUCACGUUUGAGUCACCGCUGGAGCUCUCCGCUCAGGGCAAAGAGAUGAUUGAGAUGUACUUUGACUUCCGUCUGUUUCGACUUUGGAAAACCCGGCAGCACUCAAAACUCCUCGACUAUGAAGAUCUCGUGUGACCCCGUGCGGGUCAGUGUGUAGCAUUGCGGGCAGGACGUCCCACUGUAAAACUCCAUUCCACCAGCUUUCAUUUUGGAGUACAGGAGGAAGAGGAGUGGAGAUGGUCACAGCCACUUCGCUACCAUCACUGCAUCUCGAAUAUUGUUUAUUUCAGCUCACCUCUGUGGAGUUCGACCGCCUCAGAACGGUAACACAAGAAACAAAAACAAGUGGUUCAAAACACAAGAGAAGUCCGGAUACGUGGUGUUUUUGUUCUCUAACGGAGAAAAGAGAAGUCGUUUCUCAGAACUGGUUGACAGUCUGUCGACUGCUUUUGUUUUUAAACUAACAUAUCGCCGACUUAUCGAUCACUAGCUGAGACCGUUGUGCUUACAAGUGUCACGCCGAAACUUACCUACCAGAACACAAAAAUGGUCCUAUAUGAAAUAACAACUAAUAUAUCGGUAUACAUACAUGAUAUACAUCUCAUAAGUAUAUAGAGUAGCUAUAGUCAUGCAAAUAAUCUAAAUGUCAAUGGUACACACUUUACUUUUUCAAUGUUUAUUGUUGUGGUCUUUCUAAUGAACUAUUUUGAAUAACUCAGGUUUUAGGCUUUACCGAUAUAUUAAUUACUCCCCUAUCCAGAUGUGUGGAAGUCAUUUAGGUGAAAAGAAUGUACAUUCUGCCAACAUACGUUAUAGAUUUAGUAAUCUUUCGUCAAGUUUUGCUUUCGGCACAACUCCUUACAUGCCAGUAUCUGUCCCUCCAUCGAAAAACAUAGACCCGCAUUGCAAAACACAACCAUACGCAGUCCCCAAACUGGGAAAUCGUGACUUCCAGUCAUAUAAUAAUAGAAACACUGACCUCAAUAUAGCCAGACAUCUACACCAGGUGCACCUGAAGCGUCAGCAGGAACAUAGCGUUACAGAACUGCUAAAAUAAGCGCUUGUGUCAAUGUGUUCAUAACAAUUAGGCUGUUUUCACACUUGGUUUGAACCUGUCUGUCUUUAAACAUAGUAUUCGGCUUCAAGCGGCAGUAUAUUUGCAUCUUCAUCAUGUGUUUCUCAAUACAUGCGACUGCUAUCAAAAAGGGAAUUGUUGUUCAGUUCACUUUUUUACUUAUUUGUUUGGGUUUAGUACCAAAUUUUACUGUGGCACUUCAUUCUGUACUAAAUAUACAGCAAUUAGUAAGAUUUCAGUAAAACCUUUCCAAUAAGAAAUUAAUAUUUUAUUCAGCAAGGAUUGAUUAACUUGAUCAAAAGACUGGAAUGGCUGCUAAAAAUUCAGCUUUGCAUCACAGGAAUAAAUGACGUUUUAAUAUAUAUUUAAAUAGAAAACACUUAAAUUGUAAUAAUAUUUCACAAUAUUGCUGUUUUCACUGUAUUUUUGAUCAAAUCCAUAAAUCUAACUGACCCCAAACGUUUGAAUGCUAGUGUAUGUAUACUAAAUAAUAUGCCAUCAAUAGCUUCUGGCAUCCACAAACAAGGCUGGAUUACUUUUAUAACAAUUGUGAAUCAUACUUCACUCCACAUGAACCCCAGUUUUCUUGACGUGGGUUUGUUUUCAUAAUAUCAGAAGCCGAUUUGACCCCAACCAAAUGGAUUUGGGUUCACACCAUCAGCUUUAGUGUGAAAACAGCCUCUCGCUAUUUAGUCUAAAGCCGUUGGUGUUGUGGGUCAUGAAGAGGCAUUAUUCUGAAGGUCAUUGUUGCCUUAUGGGGCAGGGUGGCAUUUGAUGGCCGUAUAUGGAUAAUAGAACCAUUUAGACCGUUUUAUGGCAGCUUGCAGGUGUAAACUCUAUGCAUUCUUCUUCUUCUUCCAUUAGUAGCUUUCAAAGGUUUUGAGCAACUCGGGAGUUGUUUCUCAUGUGUAUCUUUAUGAAUGUUCUAAUGUACUCAGCUAAUAAGCCAUACCCUCUUUAGCAAGCUGCUCAGACUGAUGGCUCUUUGAUGUGGAUGGCUUCAGGCACUCAUGAAGAACUUCCAGCUGGUUGAACAAUGGAAUCUUCUUGUCUUGUUUUUUUAUGUAUCCACAAUGCUAAUUGGCUACUCCUUUAGUGUUGUUCAUGCAAUUCCUAACUUAAUUGAUAGACAGAAUGAGGUCUUGCCCCAUGGAAAUAAGUGAAGCCGUAAGUCUGCUGUGCCAAGCCAUCUUAUGAGAGAGAAAGGAACUCUAACAACAUGCUAAUAGAAUGUUAGCAACAUACCUUGCCAAGAUGUGCAUCAUCUGGGAAUGCGUCCAUUUGAUUUACAGAUGAUUUAAUUGUGUUUAAUGUUAAAAUACCUUCUCUUAUUUCAAUUUAAUAUGGAUGCACGACUAAAAAUAAGGUUUAUUUCCCAGAAAAGUGUAAACACUGUUGGGGGCGGGACUAAUCUGUUCAUUCGAAAGGGUUGUCGAUAGGGGUGUAAGAAUACACUCAGGUCAUGAUUCAAUUUGACGCACAAUAUCUCCUCACGAUACGAUAAUCUCGCGAUUCAAACAAAGCCAAAAUAUAGUUAAAGAGAGAGUUCAUCCAAAAAGCUAAUUCUGUCAUCACCCUCCACUUGUUCCAAACCAGUGUGAAUUUCUUGCAGCUGUUCUUGCAGGACACAAAAGAUAUUUUAAAGAAUGUUGAGUAAGAAAACAGUUGACGGUAGUCAUUGACUUCCAUAGUAUGGAAAAAAAUAAUAAUACUAUGGAAGUCUGUGGCUACCGUCAAUAGUUUGGUUACCAACAUUCUUCAAAAUAUGAAGAAGGAAAUUCAUACAGGUUUCGAACAACAUGAGGGUGAGUAAAUGAUGACACAAUUUUCAUUUUUGGGAGAACUAUCCCUUUCAAAUGUUUUUUUUUUUUUAAUUACUACUUCUAAUUACUACUUAAAAUGCUAAAUUUGGUAUUACAUCAGAGUGUACUUGAAUAUUUUUGGACUAAAUACAUUUAAAAAGUUUAAAAUAGUGUAUUUUAUUUUUAAUGUAUUAAUAAUAUUUAAUAAACAUGGAAGCUCAAACGUAUGACCUUCUUAGUAUACCAUAUUUGAUAUGCUCCAUUAGCAUAUUUAAUGCAAAAUUUUAGCUUUAAACUUUCAUUUUGAGUAAACUAUACACAAUACAUAUUGCCGCUAUCCGCAAUACAAAUUACUGCAUUUCUGUAUUAUGAUAUAUUGUGACACAACAUAUUGUUACAUCCCUAGUUGCCAUCAACACACUUUUGGUCAUGUAUGGUACAUUUUUAAUCACAAAUGUUGCAAAUAAAGCAACAAGGAACAUUUUAGCAACAUAUUUAGCCAUUAAAACAUUACAUAUUUAGCAAUGAAUCUAAAACGCAUCAAAAUGCACACUUUGAUUGGACAUCUUGGCAAUGUAUAUGUACUACCAAGACAUUUAGCCAUACAUGCCCUCAUUUUAAAGGUACAAAAAGGGAUCCGAUAUGGCAGACAUACACAAAAGCUAGUGAAGAAAAGCUUUAAUUAGUCUGCAAAAUUGCAUUGGAAGUGUCUGGAUAUGGAAUACAGUAGGGUUCUGUUAUCAUAAGGGACGUUGCUAUCUCUCUAGUCUAGCUGACACGCCGCUUCCCCUAAAGGGCUGCACCCCGGCCAGAAAAUAGGUUGCAAAUGAAUUGGACCUGAUCCUCUAGCAAUUCCAGUCAUUAUGGGGCCAUCUGUGACUCACAGUAGGCGUCAGAGAGCCUGGCAUGUCAGAGGGAAAGAGAGAAUCCACAAUCACUAUACUACAGACGGCCACAUCACACUAUAACGGGAACAUUUGGUGGCAAGAGUGAAUGUUAACUCGGGACGUCCAGUAUGAACAGAAUGCAUCAAAUGGAGGGCAGUCGUAUCACUCAAAUCACUUAUUACAACUGUUCUGUACGAAUGUUUGCACAUUUAUUCAUUUACUUUUGAAUAGUGUUUUAAAGCUGUUUGUCGAUGUAGCAAUAUAUGUAAUUCCUCUAUGAUGUAAAUGUUAAUGUUUUGAGCUUUUUACUAAUUUAUUAUAUAUUUAUGCUAUUUAUUUUGUACUUGUGCUGGACAGUAAUGGCUGUUUGUGCAGAGCCUUCUUUUUUUGUUAAGGAAGAAUCUUGAUUCUUCUAUACACAAAGCUUGGGCAAUGUUUGAGGAAUCCGCUUUAUAAAUUGAUCUUUUUUUCUGAUUAGCCUCAAAAAAUGUUUUGCAGUAACAAUAAGGGUCAAUUUGUUAACAUUAAUGCAUUAGGUACAAUAAACAACAUCUUUUUAUGAAUCAGUGUUAUUUUAAUACUAUAUAUAAAUUAUUAUAUUAUUUUUUUUAAUUAGCUUUUAUUUUUAUAUUUUAAUUUAGGUCUUACCAUUUUUAUUUAAUUUUUUGUGUAAUUAGUUUAGUGUUUAUUUUAUUUUAUUUCAGGUUUAGUCAUUUUGGUAUUUUAUUUUUAUUUCAACUUUAUAUAAAUUAUCAAAAGUAUUUUUUAAUAGUUUUAGUUAACAAUGAGAACUCUUUAAUCUAGCUUAAUUUUAUUCAUUCAUUUUAAUAGAAAUAUAUUUUUGUUCAUUUUUAACGCAUAAUGCUAUACAUUAAUAAUGUAUAAACAAUGAUAAUUAAUUAUUUAAUGUAUAAUAAUGUUGAUUUUAUUCAACUUGAAAUGUUAAAAUAUAUUUGUAUAUGUAAAUGUAUUGAUUAUUUUUAGUGUAUAAAACCCUUAUAUUGACAGUCAUGUUAAGACAUUGAACCUUAUUGUAAAGUCUUACUGAUUUCACUUGAUGCCAGUUUGCCUGUACUUGAUGUAAACACAGACAGUUUAUAGAAGGCUGACAAUUCAGCUCCUGCCCAAAUGUCAUCAAUAACCCAAGCCCUAACCCCUAGUCCCAAAGAUUUUGUGUUAGAGGUUGAUUCUAAACCAGAUAACCAACAGAACGUGCAUAUGUUUAAAUUGGCAUUGUUUGUCAAAAGAGCUUGAUGUGCAUGAAUGGGCGGUUUCAGCUGUCACUCUACAUGAUCAGAAGAUUGCCUCAGCUUUAACAGUGUUUAGCCAUCUAAUGUAUUCCCUUUGUUGUUGGGCCUAAACUAAUUAUGUGUGAAAAAAAAAAAUGUAUUAAAGGAGCGGUGCUGUAAUUUUUUUAGACAAAAGAUUUAUUUAUUCAAACAUACAAGGUAUUUUUAUGAGACUUAUUGAAAAUAGUACAGUAUGUCGGUAUUUGUUUUUAUUCACAAUUUUAGUAGCCUUUAUUAGGCAUUAUGGUCAAGAAGGUCUAUAAUAUCUGGAGAAAGCUAUCUGUUAGCAUUUCCAUCCAUCACAACUGCACUUCCUAAAAGUAUGUGAUUUAAAAAUACGUCAACUUUGCUCAUAGUCAGUUCUGCAUCUAUUCAUCUAUGAGGCCUAUCUACUAUCAGGAACUAACCUGGUUAAGUCAACUAGCUGAACCUUGACCUCUUGAGUACAAUAUUUACAUUCAUAUAUCUUGCAUUGGUCAGCUACAAUCACCAAAUCAAUCUGGUGCUUCUAGUGAGAGCACAAAGAAAAUAUUAGAUGUAGUAUAUACAGUAUUAUUUUAUAUCUAAUGCUUAUAUGGAAGCUUUUUUUCCACCAUGGGAUACAAAAAAAAAAGUAAUUGUGAAUACUUAUCUCAUAAUUUAGACUCAGAAUUGCAAGAUAGAAACUCAGAACUGUGAGAUAGAAACUCAAAAUUGCAAGAUAUAGACACAUUCUGAGAAAAGAAGUAUGAAUUGUGAGAUAAAAAGCUGCAAUUAUAAACUCGCAAUUCUGAAAAAAUAUCAGAAUUGCUAGAUAUAAACUCAGAAUUGCAAGAAAAAUGAAAGGUUAAUGUCUUAUUCUGAGUUUAUAUCUCACAACUGUGAAUUAUUAAAGAAAAUCUGAAUUGUGAGAUAAAAAAAUAGCAAUUAUAAACUUGCAAUUCUGAGAGAAAAAAAUCUGAAUUGUGAAAGAUAAUUUCAGAACUCUGAGAUAUGCAAGAUAUAAAUGCAGAAUUCUGAGGAAAAAAGCCAGAAUUGUGAGAUAUAAAUGGAAAAUUGUGAGAUAUAAACUCAAAAUUGCAAGAUAUAAACGCAGAAUCCUGAGGAAAAAAGAACUGUGAUAGAAACUCAGAAUUGGAAGAAAAAAGUCUGAAUUUAUAUCUUGUAAUUCUAAGUUUAUAUCUCGCAAUUCUGAGAAUUCUUAGAAAAAAAGUGAAUUAUGAGAUAUAAUCUCAGAUUUCCGAGAUGUAAAUGCAGAAUUGCGAGAUAUAAACACAGAAAUCUGAGAAAUUAAGUCCGAAUUCUGAGUUUUUAUCUCGCAAUUCUGAAAAUUCAUAGAAAAAAGUCUUAAUUGUGAAAUAAAAAGUUGCAAUUAUAAACUCGCAAUUCUAAAGAAAAAAAGUCAGAAUUGUGAGAAAAAAAUUUAAUUGUGAGAGAUAAACUCAGAAUUGUGAAAUGUAAACUUGAAAGUAAGUUCAAAUUCUAAAUUUAUUUUCAAUUUUCAAUUAAAAUUUUCAGAAUUUUAAGCCUUUUUUAUUCCAUGGCAAAUAUGCUUUCAUAUAUUUCAACUUCGUGAUCAUGCACUACGAUCAUGUUAAUGCAUUUUAAUGGUUAUGCCGAAUUCAUUUCUAGCGAGGGUGCAGUUGCAGACCAGACUUUCAGUUCUCUCAAAAUGCCCUUGAGUAGCAUAAAUAUCUUACACUUUCUCCAUAAACUUUCAUCCGCUCUCAUGUUUUCUCUCUCUGCCCCUCUCGCUUUGUCCUGUUCAUGUGUGCGGGAAGAUUAGCAGGAGCACAGGUGCGCCAGAGCUCAUUAGCCUUAUGAGAGACUUGAUGGAUGGUUCGCUUUUCAGAACAUUACACUCCAACCCUCUUCACAUCACAUGAGACUGUUUUAUAAUUGAAGAGUAUGAAUAUUCAACAAAUAAAUACAUCCUUUUUCGUCUGUUAUUCAGUAAAGAGUAGAAUGAACAUGUUCUCUGUGCCACUUGAGAGGUGGAGUGUGUGUACCAUCAAGGAUAAUUGAUUUUUUUGUCGUUCCCAUGAAUAAUGAUGACAUGUUAUUGUUUUUUAUGAAGUAGGUAUUGUAGAUAUGAAUUACAUAACAAAUAUAUCUGGUGUUGAUUAUGUCAUUGAAAUAUCUACAUCUGCAGAGUUGUGUCUUGUGCAUUUCAUGGUGUAACUGAAUCAUUGUGCUGGAGACUUAACUCAUGUGGAGAUGUAUGCGGUUGCUGGACCCGCAGCAUCCUAAAUACGAGAUAUUCCAACAUGCUGGCACUGAACGGGUGCAAAGUGUUUCUAAUGCUUUUCUUUUCUAAUAAAAUGUUGUUUCGAUCA